UCGAUCGGUAGAGAGACAAUCAAGGCUCCAAGUGAUUUAUUUUGACACCUUUGGGAUAGCUCAAUAUGUUGACGUGGCAAUUGUGGUGCGCUCUGAUGUUCGUAUCGUGGUUCUAUUUCUUGUGGACGCGUCGCAGAUUCUAUCUAUUAACGCUUAAGAUACCUGGCCCACAGGGCUAUCCAAUAAUUGGCAUGGCACAUAAGCUGCUUCGCAGGGAAAAUGUGCUGAAAGAAUUUGGUUUCUAUUUGGAUAAGCAUGGACCCACUAUUUUUUCUUGGCUGGGUCCCAUACCAUUUAUGAUAGUGAGCGAUCCACAAAUUAUACAGGAUAUAUUCACAUCACCGCAUUGCAUCAACAAGGGCAUCAUCUACAAGGCCGUCGAUGAUGGCGCUGGCUUGGGAUUAUUCAGCUUGACAGAUCCUCGCUGGAGCGUACAUCGUAAGCUACUGAAUCCGGCAUUUGGACACAAAGUGUUGCUUAGUUUUCUGCCCAUUUUCAACAACGAGACAAAAGCUCUUCUCAAGCUAUUCGACACAUUAGUGGAUGAUGGCGAAAAGGAUUUGAUACCGUUUCUGCAAUAUUUUACCUUGGGCAUAGCAACGCAAACCACAAUGGGAAGUAAUGUGAAGUUGGAUGGGGGCAUUAACAACAAUCGGCUGCUCGAGGAUUAUCAAUGUGUUUUGGAAACUAUGACAGAUAUGUGCUUUUCGCCAUGGCUUAGUAGUAAAACGGUACGCCAACUAUUCGGCAAGGAGGAGCGCUACUCGAGCGCCAAGUCGGAGAUACGUGGGUUUAUCAGAAAGCUAAUAGAAAGAAAACUGGCUAGAGACGCAGAAAUUGCUGAAAAUGGUAAUCCUUCCCCCUUGGAAAAAAACAUAUUUUUAAACCUAGCAACUGAUUUGCUGAAACGUGGCAUCUUCAGCUGGAAAAACGUGGAAGAUGAAUCAAAUGUUAUUGUUUUUGGAGCUUUUGAAACAACUGCCAACACGGUUGCCUACACAUUAAUUCUACUUUCGAUGUUUCCCAAAUACCAGGAGAAAGCAUUUGAGGAGAUUCUCGCUUUGUUUCCCGACCCUGGAGACUUUGAGGUAACCUACGCGGAUACACAGGAAAUGGUCUAUUUGGAUCUUAUUCUAAACGAAUCGAUGAGAGUGAUACCGCCUGUUCCAGUCGUCUCUCGGCAAACGUCCCAGGACGUAUUGCUUUCAAGCGGAGUUGUUGUUCCAAAGGGUGUUCAAAUUGCCAUCGAUAUAUUUCACCUGCAUCGCAGUAAGAAAAUUUGGGGUGAGGACGCGGAAACAUUCGAUCCGGAACACUUUCUGCCCCAUCAUUACCAAAAUAAGCAUCCAUACGCAUUUAUACCUUUCACAAAGGGCAUUCGGAAUUGCAUAGGCUGGAGAUAUGCUUUGAUAUCUGCAAAAAUUACGUUGGCGAAAUUGCUAAGGAACUACAAAUUCUCAACUAGUUUUAAAUUUGAAGAUCUUUAUUUUGUUGAGGAUAUAACUAUAAAACUUAAGACAGUGCCGCUACUGAAGCUACAAAGGAGAACUUGAUAGCUUAUGCUAUUAUUCUAUAUGCUUAUGUUAUUUUCUUACAUUAUGUAAAUAUGAGUAAAUAAUUGUUAUGAAUAUACACCUCAUUCUGUUUUUACACGGUAGAUUGGUUUCAGAAAAAUCCGUGUUAAAAGAGACAUUGAUCGUAUGCAAAAAUAGGUGAUUGGUUUCUUAUCUCUAAGACCUAAUAAAAUAAGUAAAAAACAAGGAUUUUUAAAGAGCAAGUAUUCUUGUUUAUUUUAUUAAAUCACAUAUAUAAUAUGUUCACAAAAUAUCAAAAAUUUCUUUGAUAAGUAAAUUUGCUUGUAUGCACAAAAAGGGAAUCCACCAAAUUUGUGAUAUGAAAAUAUUACAGAAAAGAUAUCGUGUAAAAAAAUUUUAAAUUUGUUUAUUUUCAAACCGUGUUAAAUCAAAACCGUGUAAAAAUGACCGUGUAAAAACAGAAUUAGGUGUAUGGCCUUUGAUCCUCUUCAUAAGUACAAGAGAAUUCAGUUAUAUUGAAAAAUGUUUUUUUUGUUGGUAUU